CCAAGUAAUGGCUUUGUCUAGAAAAAUAUUUGCAUUGUUAGAGUGCAAGAUAUGUUUGGAUCAAUUUGAACGCCCAAAACUUCUCAGUUGCGGACAUACGUAUUGCAAGAACUGUUUAGAUGAAAUUUUGAUUUUUAAAGAAGACGGAAGUGCAGAAAUUCUAUGUCCACUGAAAUGCAAAUCCAACGUGAGAAUUGGUAGAGGAGAGACCACAAUUUGUCUACCAACAAAUUACUCACUUUCGGAUAUUGUAGAUCAGACAGAAGCAGACAGAGAACCAUGUCAAACCAAACCAAAGCAAAGUAAUAUCAUUGUUAAGCAGUUUGUUUACAGUAAGUAUUGCAAGGCAGUACUCCAAGUUAGAUUACAUGCUUGCGUGCAGGACGCUCGUCAUGUCAUCAGUCUAAAAUUUGUCAGCACUCAACACAGUGCAAGAAGAAAGUUACUUUCUCCUGUACAAAGUGUGGAAUGA